GGUAUAAUCUAUGGAAGCUAUUGUAAACUGAGCAGCCGCAAUACACCGUUAACUGUCACGUGACUAUGGGUUCCUCUGUAUCACAUGACAUUGUUAGUCACGUGAGGCUUUCCGUCACUCUGUAAGGAAGAUCACGGUGCAGAUGUGAGGGCUCGGUACCCGUGUAACGUCGUUGUUGGAAUUAUGGCGCACUCGUUCGGGGAGGAAGAAGUGGCUUCUAUGAGAUCUAUGCGCAAAAUCCUCUACCUGUGCCUUCGAAGAGGACACUGGGAGCUCGCAAGGGCCUGCCUGCCUGCUUUACAUAGGAGUCCCAAAGCGGGCGAGAUAGAGGACGUAGUAAGAAGUCUUGUUACAGCGCCGCAGUUGCUGCAAUGCACUGAAAGCCUCACUUCUCAGCAGGUGGCCUGGUUCUGGCUUAAUGCACUGGAAAGUUGGCUUCUAAGACCAUGUAAGCGGCUGCCAUUUAAUUUCCAAGAUGAACCUGCAUUUCUUCUGCUCUUGCAAGAUCUUACAAAUCAAGUUUCCCAACAAACCAUGAAGGAACUCUAUGAGUUAUUUUUACAUCGUUGGAAUGAUACAAAGGCAUGCAGAAGAGAAAUCUCAGCUCACACAGUAUCGUCUCUCCGUGAGAACUUGGCUCAAGACACGGAAUUAAUACAAGCACUCUUGAGUUUUCUUCUGGUGGAUGACGGUCAUUCCAUGGAAUUUGAAUAUAAUUGUCAUCUCCUAAAUAUCCCUGUGGACUUCAUUUUAGACUUGUUGACCUCUCUUCAGGAACAUCACCAGACUGAGGCACUAUUUUCUCAAACUGUGAAUUUGAUCUACAAGAUCUUAAACAUCAUGUGCUUUGAUUUGAAUCUCCAAGCAAGUGAACUCAAACAUUUAUGUACUAAACUCUUCACAGCCUCCUGGGUUAAAGAAUAUAUUUCAGAGGAGCAAGUUCAGGCAUCUAUACUCAGGAAGCAGAAUGCCAGUUUGGUUUCUCUGUAUAGCAGUGUCAUCAAUGAGAAAACAAAGACAUAUGUUACUGCACAGAUCUCUUCAGGAAAAGUUUCUUCUCCAGAGCUCACAGAUGCUGAGAAAGCAAUCAUUACUUUCUUUUGUGAAACUCGGCAGUCAGGUUUAUGGAUGAAGGUCUUUUUCUACUGCCUCUGCACUGGAAAACACUUUUUGGAGCAAAUACUGCUUAGUGCCUUGAUUCUUCUGAAAGUAGAAGAUUUUUCCACUCUUGGUGAGCUGCUAUCAAAUGAGUUUAAACCUUUAAGACGUCUUCUUGUGCUGCUGGGAUGGACCCAUCUCCAGAGUAUAGAGUCUGCUAAAUCACUGCUGCUCAGACUUCAUAAUAAUACGGAAAUAUGCAAUGACUCCAUAUUAAAAGAAUUUUGUGAUGGUCUUUCAUUUCAAGUGGAAGUUGUAGAAUGGUGUAUAGAACAAAACAGUCACUGUGUUGCCAAGAAAGAUCUAUUGCAUUACUUGAAUAGUCUGGACAGCCAUUCUGGUCUUUACAUCCUUCAUAAUCUGACUAACUUGCCAAAGCUAAAUGAAGAAGAUGUCUUUAGACUUUUCCACAAAGGACUCUCAUCUGGAAAAAAUGAAGUUUCUGUAAAUCAGAGGGAAGCACAUGACCUGGCACAGCAACGAAGCACUGUUAUGUUUCAGGCAUUUUGUGGAUUAAAGUAUGCAAUGUAUGCCCUUUGUAUCCAAGCUAAUAAACGUGCUCAGGGCAGGAACAGUAAUGCCAACCAAAUGGAUGGAUCUCUUGUGGAUGCAGAAUUUCUGAAAGAACCUGGCAGGGAGAACUGUCUCUCUCAAGUCUCAGACCCCAUAGGCCUUUUUUUACAGUAUUUCACAAAAUGUGGUUAUUAUUUAUGUCUGCUGCCUCCUCGACUGAAGCUGGAGCUUGUGGAGAACAUUUUCUCGUUAAUGUUUGCGUCACUGAAUGAUUUGGCACCAGAGACUCCACUGGUUGAUGUCUGUUCCAUGGAAGAGAUUAAAAAAGACACAGGUGUAAAUGUUGGUAGACCUGGGAACUUGGACAUCAAUAUUGAUACGGAAGGGUUGGUGAUAUCACCUUUCAUUAGUCCUCAACAUACUAGUAGCAACCUGAUCAAUAGCAAUAUAACUGAAAGUUUUCAAGAAUUACCAUUUAAUACUACGAAUAACAUUCACUGCACUUUAUGGAACAGUGCUGAGGCGAACUACAUAAACCUAAAACAUUUUACUGCUGGGUUGACUGGAUUUUUAGCUGAUGAAAUUGUAUUGGAUAGCUUCCUAAAAAUGUUGGGAGAACAAGUGGAGCUUAUAAAAAACUCUCUUCAUCCAAAUGGUUUCUCCCUAAAUGAUGAGCAAAGCCUACUUAAGGGUGUAAGUGCACCAAUUUCUUCAGAGGAUUUCAGCAGCAGAGUGGCUAAACUAUCUAAAUAUAUUUUUGAAGCUCAGUGGAGAUACAAGGUGGUCAUGAGCAACAGAAAUGCAGUUUUAGAGAGCAGUACAAGUAAUAUAUCUGUUGGGAGUGAUGUGGACUGCCGCUGUGUGUUACAGCAAAGAAACAAUCUGAUUCCCACGAUGCUUUCUCCACCUGAAUCCCUGCUCAUUUCAUGUAUUUUAAGAACAAAUUAUAGUGAAGCUCAUCAGGUGGCACAAAUGUUUAAUCUUCAAUCAUAUCCAAGCUAUGGUGAGCUGACAUUUAUGGAGUGUUAUCAGGAGGUCAUAGGUGAGCUGUCAAAGGUGGAAAAAAAAAUAGAAAAUCAAAGUUCAGAGACGGCCAUCAGAAAAACAAUAAAUAGUCGUUCUACUUUACAAGCAAUAGGAAAUGCAGCAGCUGCAGGAAUGGUGUUCUAUUCUAUAUCUGAUGUAACAGACAAGCUAGUUGCUCUUGCUGAAAGUUCAGUACCAACAUUACAGGAGGACCUCUGGAUCAGAAGCACAUGCUUAGAAAAAGUUGAUCUGUGGAAAACUGUAGUUGAAGAGUUGAUUCCAGCAGCUAUGGCAGCAUUUGAUUUGGCUUGUACCCAAGCCCAUCUUUGGAAAACAUGCAAGCAGCUACUAGAAACAUCAGAGAGGAAUCUGCUUACCAGCAUUGAAGCACAGGGACGGAGAGCAGAUAUAGUUAUGGAACAUACCGAAGGUAUUAAGGGUUUCCAGGCUGUUCUUCAACAAAUUAAUAAACUCAUGAACUACCCAAGCAUACUUCAGGCACAGACUGAAUUAGAGGAGAAGCUAAGCAGCCUGUUCAAGUGCAGCGUCACAGAGAUUUUACAUACAUGUUAUUCAGUGCUCCAAGAUGAGUACCUGGUUUGUCAUAUCAUCCUGGAUUAUGAACUGGAACAAAUUCUUGUGCAACUGAAAGCUGUGAUCAAAUCCCAGGAACUAAAAGGAAAUAUUGUGCAGUCAUUGCUAGACCAGCUGGGUAUGAAGCCACAAGAAGUUCAAAUCAAUCCUGUCUGCAAGCAGAUAAUUCUUCUCUUGGAAAACUUUGAUAAGAGAGCACACUCACUAAACAUGGAAAACUAUACAUUUGAUCAUGUUCAUAAUUUUUUUACAUACAUUGACACUCUGGCAAAAGUUAUUGUUCAAAGUAUAAAUUCAGACUUGGAGUCAUCAUUGGAUCUGAAGAUGGGCAAUCCUUUCAUUCUUCUGCAACAAAAACCUUCCCAGUUGAUCUCCUAUUUGGUGUUUGAGCGUCAAGUCCCUCCUGAAAGGUUGUCAAUGUUGCUGAAGAAAGAAAAACUGGAAUUAAAUGUUAAACAAGUGAUUGUGGAUUACUGCUGUGAAGCUUUGUCUUUUAGCCAUCCCAGAAAACCCAAUGAAGCACAAUCCCUUGCAAGCAGUGUUCAGCAACUGAUGCAACAAAGUCUGGAAAUGUGUUAUCCUGACAUUUACAUCACAUUUUCUACAUGGACUAAGGACUCUGAGGACAUUGUACAGAAUAGUCCAAAUUCUUCCACUUCUGACUACUGCCAGUACUCACUCACAUUAUCUGCCUUAAACUUUUUAAAAAACAAAUCUAAUGCAACAGCAGUUCUAGCAUGUUUAAGUGUUGUUAAAAGUUCUAAACCACCCAAGUCAGGACUGUCAUGGAUGGAUUUAAGAAGCAGUAGGAAAGAAAGUCCUUUAGACAUUGACACUAUUUCUGUGGAAUGUGACUUGAUGCUUGCAGAGUUUCCAGUUUUUCAGAGGUAUAUCAAUUUAAUGUCUGCACCUUUUUGGGAGAUUUUUCCAGAUGCAAGUUCACCAAGCAGUUCUUUGUGUGGCAAGCCAUAUUCUGCCUUAGUUUUUUUAGGGCUUCACUUUUCCUCUUCUUCUGUUGCUGUAAUUGAAGCAUUUAAAGAAGCACUUUUAAAGAAAAAUUGGACAAAUGCAUUACAGAUUAUGAAUCACUAUACUUGCAACAUUGAUGAUCUUGAAGAGGUCAGAGAUGCGCUUCUUUGCUGUGCAGCUGCAGAAGAAAUGAAUGGCUGGAAAUAUAUUUUUGCUGUUAAAAAUUCCACACUGAGAAUCAGACUAGCUCUUUCUUUCUUGGACAAAUGGCCAUUGGAUUCUUGCAGGGAGUUGCUGUCCUAUUGUUUAUGUGAAACUGAUAUUGAAGAAAAUCUUAAAAUGGAUCUUAAAAAUAAAAGGAAAGAAGUGGAAGUGUAUAGAAAGAUUCUAUUUCUGAAAGAAGAUAUAGCUUGGUCAAGCAGGCAAGAGUUAAAGGAAGAUUGUUUCAAGGAUCCAGAGGCCAUAAUUCAAAUUAUCUUAAAAACUAAGGAUUAUAAGUUAUGUGAAGACUGGGGGCUGUUUUAUCCGAUUCCAAAGGAUCUUUUCAGAGAUGUUUACAUUGACCAUUUGCUGCAUCUUCUAGACAACAAAGACACAGAAAGAUCUCUCCAGUUAUUAAAAAGAGUUGAUGACAAGAAUCUGCAGCUGGCUGUCAUUGAUCAGGCUCUACUUCAGGAUCCAUGUAUAUUUGCUAUACAUUUUUUGUCAGAGUACUUGGUACUUCAUUUUAAAAACGACCUUCUGGAAAUGCGUUGGUGGAAAAUAAGAAACACAUACAUGGGAUCGAAGGUUUUGCUAGCACUUCCAGAAGCUGCACAAUCCACCUAUGUGCAUCUAAUUUCAAGUCCUUUGCUAAUGCUGGAGCAGUUACUGAUGAAUAUGAGGAUAGACUGGAUUGCUACGGUGGUGCAGACUCUGAAGCAGCUUGUUAAUGAGCCAGACUCAAUAUUUUCAACCGAAGAUGUGGACAAAUUGCUCUGCAUUUAUGCAGGAAAAGCUUUGGAUGUGCCAUUUUCAUUCAGAGAAAAAAGUGAUUCUGUGAAUCGAAUUCCAGAAGGCAACAGCCAGUCAGCAGAACUAGAAACCAUUGUUUCAUCUUCACAAGCAGACCAGCUAUCUUCUACGUUCUUUGUUGGUCUUCCUGAUAAAGGACAAAGGCGAAGUAAACCUUCCCCAGAAUUUGUACCUCCAGAAAAACCUCCAACCAAAAUGCAGUGGAUUCCAGACGACACUGAAGUUACCUGCAUGGUUUGUAAGAAUGAGACAUUCACUAUGUUCAAUCGCAGACAUCACUGUAGGCGAUGUGGUAGGUUGGUAUGCAGUUCCUGCUCAAUGAAGAAGAUGGUCGUGGAAGGCUGUCGAGAAAACCCAGCUCGUGUGUGCGAUCAAUGUCACAAUUAUUUCUCUACAAAUGAUUCCAAAACAGAGGAAGACUUGGAGUACAUGGAAGAAAAACCAGGUGAAGGUCGUGAUCUUUCAGAAGUCCUUAGAUUGUCUAAAGCUGCUGAAUUUCAGUGGUGUCUAACAUUAAAUGAAGCUGAAAAUGAAGUUGAAAGGAGAGAGUUUUAUUAUGAACAGGCCCCAAGUGCUUCACUCUGUUCAGCCAUACUUAGCUUGCACUCUAAAAGUGAUGAAUGUGGAUACCAACUCAUUGAACGCUGCUGUCUUCUAUCAAAGGGGUUAACUAACCCAGAGAUGGACAGUCGACUUCUUCUUGACAUCAUGAAAAAUUUGCUGUUCAGUGCCAAGAUGAUAUUUGUCAAAGUUGCAAGAAGUCAUGAUCUUGCCCUUUGUGACAGUUACAGCAGCAAGGUGGAUUUACUGAAGAUUUUAGUGACCGCUUCCUAUCAGGAUAUUCCUUCACUUCAUGAGAUCGUUAGACCUGCUGCAGUAGUAAGGCUGCGAAAUCAGCUCCUAGAAGCGGAGUAUUACAGUUUAGCAAUAGAGGUAUCUACAAAAACAGGGCUUGACCCUUCUGGUGUGUGGCAUGCCUGGGGUAUGGCUUGUCUGAAGUCUGACAAUUUGCCCGGUGCAAGAGAAAAAUUUAGUAGGUGUAUUAAGGCUCCCUUGGAUCUGAACCACAAGAAUGUUGGAUCUAAGCUUCUGGAAGAUGUUAUUCAGCAUCUGGAAUCUGCAGCCAAGCCAAUUUUGUUGGUGAAAGAUGAUGACUAUUUUGCUACAUUAAAAGAAUUAGAAUGUACUCUGAAAGCACGAUGCCUUUGGUAUGAAAUGAUGCCAGAGGGAAAGAUACAAAAUAACACGUAUUAUCAGGAGUGUCUGUAUUACUUGCACACGUAUGGCACAAACCUUGGAAUCAUACAGUUCUAUAUGAGACAUGACCUAAUGAGAGAUGCAUUACUUCAUUUAUUAAACAAGGAAUGCCCAGGAGACAUUUUUAUUGAAGGUAUAUUUGUACCAAGUUAUGAACAUGGUAAAUUACAUACCCUUGAAACCAUGUUAGAAUCUAUUGACCCUAGUCUGGAGAGUUGGAGCGCCUACCUCAUUGAAGCCUGUAAACAUCUGCAAAUGAAAAAUUUCUACAACAUCUUGUAUGAAAUCCAACAGUUUAUGAAAGACCAUGUGCGUGCAGCAAUGACCUGCAUACGUUUUUUCUCUUACAAUGCUAAGACCUACAAUGAUUUGGGUGCUAAUCAGAAGUGGCUGGCAAAAUCCAAGGAGCACCUAAAAAUAUAUUUGCAAGAAGUAUCCAGAAGCAACAGAAAAAAAUCGUUUGACACAUUUAGAAAAAAAAUGUCUACAGCUGAUAUUUCCAGGCACAUUAAUACUAUUGAACUUCAGAUGGAGAUCACAAAAUUCCUUCAGAGGUGUGAGAAUUUGGAAACUGAUCAAAGCCAUAACAAACCCCCUCCAACUCUUUUUGGCCACAAUAAUAUGAUAGUAGAUGCGGCCUUUAGAGUCAUUUUAGGGGGAAAGAAUGUAGAAGAAGGAUUUGGCAUUGCUUUUAGGGUCAUUCAGGACUUUCAGCUUGAUGCCUCCUUGGUGUACAGCAAAGUGUGUAAGCAGCUUGUAUAUCGACAGAAUUACUCAGAAAUAUUGCAGCUUGUCAAGUGUGUUAAUGAGUCUGGUAUUGCGGCAGAAAAGGAUUGUGAUCAAAUAUUACUAAGAUGUAUUGAAGAAAUGUCAGAAUUGCCUUCAGAUGAACUUGAGAAGUUAAUCCAAGGAAUGAAAAGUGAUGAAUCAAAGAUAAAGGCUUUCUUGGCUUGUCGGAUGAUGAGAUCUGCCUACUUAACUGCAGUUAAACAAGAACAGGAAAAAGCUAUUCAACUAGUACAGGAGGUUUGGCAAGUGGCACACAAUUUGCAUGACAGUGUGGUCCAAGGAAUCUGCUCCAAGUGGCUUGUUGAACACCCCCCACUUUCACAAGAAGGGCAGUAUUACACAUUACGAAAAUAAAUGUGCUCAUAUAUCAGAACUUCAUUUUGGUUAAUUCCGCUUUGUGCGAUCAUCAAGACUCUCAAUACUGACUAUAGAACUUAUCGCUCAUAAUAGGUAUACAGAAAUAUUUUUUUAUUGCUUUCAAAACAGAUGAAUACUUUGCUUUAUUCUUUGAACACGAUUUCUAUGGACAAGAAUUCUAUGAAAAAGAGAGACCUGUUUGUGAUUUUUUUUUUU